UCUCAUCCUUCUCUUUCUAUCUCUAAAUCUCUCUCUCUCCCUAACACUUAACAAAUCUAUCGAGUCCUUUUUAUAUCAAUCAAUCAGUUACUUCAUUUACAGGAAAUUAUAGUGAUUUUGAUGGAUCAUCAUCAUGUUAAAGUUGGUUUGAGCAGUGAAAGAUAUGGAUUUUGUAGUAACAACAAUCAACAACUUAUUGAUGAAGUAACAAUGGACCUUAGAAAAGGUCCAUGGACUGUUGAAGAAGACUUCACCCUUAUUAAUUACAUCACUCUUCAUGGUGAAGGUCGUUGGAAUUCCCUCGCCCACUGCGCUGGUUUGAAACGAACGGGGAAAAGCUGCAGGUUACGAUGGCUAAACUAUCUUCGACCAGAUGUUCGACGAGGAAAUAUUACUCUUGAAGAACAACUCUUGAUUCUUGAACUUCAUUCUCGUUGGGGCAAUCGGUGGUCAAAAAUUGCUCAGCAUUUGCCAGGAAGAACUGAUAACGAGAUAAAAAAUUACUGGAGAACCCGAGUGCAAAAGCAUGCCAAACAACUAAAAUGUGAUGUCAACAGCAAACAAUUCAAAGAUACACUGCGCUAUCUUUGGAUGCCAAGGCUUAUUGAGAGAAUUCAAGCAGCCAAAAUUCCCAGUAAUUCUUGUAGUGAAGUGACUCAGCAGCCCAUUCCAAAUACAGACAUCAAUGAGCUCGAGCUAUUUCAAGUGGCGAAUAACAACAACAAUAAUAAUAAUAACAGUAAUCCGAGCACGAGCUUUGUAUCAGAGAAUUCCAGUGUGACACCACUCUCUGACCUGUCUGAUUGUUGCUACGAUUACCCUGUUAACCAAAUUAGCAGUAUUAGUCCAGAUUAUUAUCAAGUUAAUCAUAGUUAUCGACUAUGCUACGAACAUUCCCAAGCAACGGAUCAACAAAACAUACAAUUAUGGAUGGAAAGUGAAGAUAUUUUCGAAAAUUUGUGGAACAUUAAUGAAGAUAUGUGGCCCUUAGAGAAGCAAGAUUGAAUCUUUCACGAUGAAAAUGCUUCUCCCAAAUUUCGAACAUAAGGGGCUAGCUUGCUUUUGCUGGUGGCAGGUGGACGAAGGGUCCAAAGGAAACAUAGUUGUGGGCGAAAAAUGAAUUGUUCCAUUUUUUUUCUUGUUCAGGCAACUUAACGAUAGUAUUAUAAUAUGGAGUAGUAAACAUCAACAAAUGUAGAAAAUAAAGAGGACAUUAACUAGUGCAAAAAUAGAGUAGUUCUUUUUUUUUAAAUCUUUGACUGUCAAGAUUUGUAAAAUUACAAGUAAACUUGAGAAUUUCAAGAACAAAUUAUUCUUCAA